UAAAUAGCGGGUGAUUGAGAGAAUCUUCCCCUCGGCCACACCUCUGUUUUAACAGUAUAGCUGUAUUUACAGUAGCCGUGAGCACAACUUGUUCAAGGUGUGGUGCGACGCUUUUUACCCCACAGAAUCACGCAAGUCUCCAAGUCACAGGAAUGGACAAUAGCGGCAGACUAAUGAUCGCAGCCAUCAUGGUAAUGGCGUGCAUGGCGAUGGGAGCCGAGGCACAGAACUCUUCAAUGACUCUGAACGCUACUAUGGCACCCAACGCCACAAUGGCACCCACCACUACAAUGGCACCCAAUGCUACAAUGGCACCCAACGCCACAAUGGCACCCACCACAAGGGCACCCAACGCCACAAUGGCACCCAAUGCUACAAUGGCACCCAACGCCACAAUGGCACCCACCACUACAAUGGCAACCAAUGCUACAAUGGCACCCAAUGCUACAAUGGCACCCAACGCCACAAUGGCACCCACCACUACAAGGGCACCCAACGCCACAAUGGCACCCAACGCCACAAUAGCACCCACCACCACAAUGGCAUCCAAACCGACAAUUACACCCAACACGGCAAUAGCCCCCACUGUUGUCACCACCACCGUCCCAGCUCUCAAGCAAAGCAUCUCAAGGGCGGAUUGUGGAAAGACUCAGUUCUGUGCUGCUGAGCCAUCAGACUGUGACCCGGCCAUGGCUGGUUCAUGUUUCUUCGUCUCCACGCGGCAGUCCUCGGGACAGAACUUCUCCCUCCAGCUACGAGGAGAGUCCAGAGGCUACAUCGCUGUAGGCUUGUCCAAAAACACCACCCUGGGCGUUAAUGACACUACCUACGUGUGUGCCAACAACAACGGCACAAUCAAGUUCUUCACGGCUCUCCUCCUAAAUAAUGUUCUGACUGUCACUGGCACGCUGGCUGUGGACUCUGUGAAGGGCUCAGUCAACGGUCAGAUCAUCCAGUGCACCUUAUCUGCUAUUCUCCCCGAAGCUACCAGGAGCACCAGGAGCACUGACACUAGCUUCGUCCUCUCCGUUUCCAACGGGACCGUAAUUAACGGAACCCUGGGUACUCCGAAGUUUGUCCUGGUCAACAAUGCAGCCGUGGACCUGGCCAACCCCAACAGUACUGUGAUCAACUCUUUGAACGCCGCCCCCACUAAUUCUACUUCCACCACUACUGCUACCGCCACCACUACUGCUACUUCCAACAUUGCUGCUACUUCCGACACCGCCUCCAGCCAUGCCUUGGGCCUGCAGCUCACCCUGUCUCAAGCUCUGCUGAUCCUGCUUGGUGUGCUAGGUAUGAUGAUGCUGUGAUGAGGAUCUGAAGGUGACACACCAUGAACUCAGAAAUCCUGCAUCUUUACUGCCACUGACACUGGCAAGGCUGCAUCCCCAAAUGACACCCUAUUCCCUACAUAGUGCACUACUGUCACUGGGUUGGGAAUACCGUAGGGUGCCUUUUCAGACGCUCUGGUUCUGGGUUAAAAGAUCAUGUCAGAUCUGAAGUUAUAUGCUUAUAAAUGCAUGUCAUUCAACAUACAUAGUGCAACACUUUCUAGUUGGGGGGUAGUAAGACGAUAGCGUACAGAAUGGAUCCGGUGAUACAAGGCCCAAUGCUAACAUUUUCACCAUUUCAACCUCAUAUUCAUUAUCUCCAGCACCACCAUCUACACCAAACAUCAACACCUGUCUUCUUCUAUUCUGUUGACCACGAAACGUAGCAUAUAUUGAUGUCUCAGGAGGUUGGUGGCACCUUAAUUGGGGAAGACAGGCUCAUGGUAACGGCUGGUGGUGUCAAAUACGUGGCUUCCGGGUGUCUGAUGUUGGUUCAGGUGGCGUUUCAGAUGAUGAAUAUGUGAUUGGAAUUUCCCUAUGUACACCCCCCCCAUCUCAUCUCCUUUAGACUCUUUGUUUUAUUUUGUCUUUGCUUAUGUGGUUUUAUGUUGGUGUGAGUGUGUGUUUAAAUGUUUGUCUUGAGUGUUGGCACACAUUCUCAUAGAUGACACCACAAAUUGGCAGAAAUGUGUGUGUGUGUGUGUUUGUGUGCGUGCGUGCGAGCUUGUGUGCCUGUCCAAUGAUGAAGCCACUGGAUGGUGAACUGUUCUUCCUGAUUACCCUUUUAAAUGAAACAUGUUUUAAUGUGCAAUUAUGGAAAUAUUUGUAUACAUUUUUUUCCCCCCAAAAAAACGUUUUUUACAAUGCAUGUUUUACCUUUCGUGGGUAUAUUUGCUUAAUUAGUUGACACUCAAACUGACAACUUUUAUCGCACUGUACACUCAAAAGCUGACACAGAAUCACUCAGGGUUAGUUCGGAUUGCGUACUGUUGUAUGAGUCAUGUCUUUUGUAGGGUGUCUCAUCAGACAGUUGGUAAAGGUGGCCAUGUUUGGAACCAAAAGCGUAACCUUUAGAAAGCAUAAACCAAAUCAAAUUUUAUUUGUCACAUACACAUGGUUAGCAGAUGGUAAUGCGAGUGUAGCGAAAUGCUUGCUUUCGCUACACUCGCACGCCGAGCUUACAACAAAAUAUGUAAAUACACAUAGAAAAUAUAUAAAUACACAUAGACUGUAGCACUUCCGUCACAAUAUAUGAAAAGUGCUUUACAAAUAAUGUCGUUAUAGUAUCAUGAAUGAAUGAAUGAAUAAAGAGCUGCCUACAAGUAAGUGCCAAAAUAAAACACCAAACAUAAAGUGUCUUAAUAGGUCGUUAGGUCACCACAAGCCAGAACAGCUUCAAUUAAACUUUGCAUAGACUCAACACAUUUCUGGGGCUCAAUUGGAGGGAUGCAACACCAUUCUUCCAUGAGAAAUUCCAUCAUUUGGUGUUUUGUUGAUGUUAGUGGAAAUCGCCGCUCCAGAUGAUCCUAUAAGUGUUCAAUUGAGUUGAGCUCUCGUGACUGAAAUGGCCGUGGCAUAUGGUUUACAUCGUUUUCAUGCUCAUCAAAUCAUUCAGUAACCACUCGUGCCCUGUUGAUGGGACCUUGUCACCCUAAGGGGGCAUAGCCAUGUUUGCCAAAGUAAUGGCCUGCCCAGCAUUUUUAUACAUGACCCUAAGCAUGAUGGGACAUUAACUGUGUGGAAGCACCUGCUUUCCAUACACUUUGUAUUCCUCAUUUACUCAAGCAUUUCCAUUAUUUCGGCCGUUAAAUAUACAUCUCUAUUCAUGAAAAAAAAUACCCCACAAAGGUCAUUUUUACACCUCUUCACUUCCUUGGCUCAACAUUGGAGGCAACCAAAACCCAACACUGUUUUACGUCAGGUACUUGACUUAGCGUAUUCCUUUCAGCUCCUAGUAGAGCAAGGGCCUCAAACAUGAGAUAAAGAGCAUGUGUAAAACAUCCUUAGAAAUCAUAUUUUCAGAACACAAAAACAUGUAUUACAGUUUUAACAUUAGCAUUGAGAAGUAUACUCUGGUAUUGGAAUGGUAUAUUAUUGGUAUAGUUUAUGAUGUUUGUUUUGUGUUACGUGUACAUUUCAACAAAUAAAAGCAAUUCUUCAAAAAAUA